GGUGGAUCUGUUCCGUUUCUUCUGCGGAAAACACCCAGAACAGGAGCUCAGAAACCGGGGAGCACAGACACCAGGAGCGAGGAUUGUGUGGUCUGUGUUCCUUCUUGGCGAUUAAUCGAUUGACUGUUUUUUUUAUAUUUUAAACCACGCUGAUGUGUGUUUGUGUGACUGAGGACACACACACACACACAGACACACAGACACACACACACACACACACACACACACACACACACACACACACACACACACACACACUCAGCUGUGUGAGGUGAAUUAGCACUCAGAGGAGACGACAUCUGGCUCCAGAAGACACGGCCGUGUGAGGAGCUGCUGAACUGGUCUGUCAUGUUUGAGGACGGAGGCGGACGCUGGAGGAGGGGAGGAGCCACAUCUGCACCACCGCCGAGUAAGGAGACAGGAGGAGCCGGGUGUUUGGGUCACAUGUCCGAGGGCGAGGAGGAGGAGGCGUGUCCGAUCUGAGCGUGUCACACACACACACACACACACACACACACACACACACACACACACACACACAGGACUGACGAUGCGAGCGGCUUUAGAUGGAGCGAUCAGACUCACCGAGACAGAAGAAGAAGACACGGGCACGCCGCGCUGAUUCAUGACGCCUCUCAGGGGGAGACUGAGAGAACCCGGCACGACACAAAUGCAACACAGGUGAUGCACGCCUGAGACUCCAAGACUACACACACACACACACACACACACACACACACACACACACACACACACACACACACACACACCCCCGGUUCUCAAAAGAGUCCACCAUCAUGCCUCGGAACCGGGCCUUCUCUGAGCCCGAGUACUCGGCGGAGUACUCUGCGGACUGCUCGGUGACGCUGCCCUCGGACCCGGGCCAGGCGGUGGGCCGGACCAAUGAGGUGACGGUGCGGAGCUCGGGAUGCUGCCUCUGCCUGCCCCGCUUCAUGAGGCUCACCUUCGCCCCCGAGUCCCUGGAGAACCUGUACCAGACCUACUUCAGGAGGCAGAGGCACGAGACGCUGCUGGUGCUGGUGGUGUUCGCCGCCCUCUUCGACAGCUACAUCAUCGUCAUGUGCGCCGUCAUCUACACGUCCGACAAGCUGGCGUCCGUGCUGGUGGCGUCUCUGGGGCUGGCGGCGGACAUCGCCCUGUACCUGCUGUGCCGCUUCGGGCUGCUGCCGGACCGCGUGACCCGGCGGGUGGUGCCCUACGCCCUGUGGGUGCUCAUCGCCGCGCAGAUCUUCUGCUACCUGGGCCUGAACUACGCCCGCUUCCACCAGGCGUCGGACACGGUGGGCUGGCAGGCCUUUUUCAGCUUCUCUUUCUUCCUCACGCUGCCGCUCAGGCUCACGCCCAUCGUCCUCAUCACCACGGUGUCCUGCGGGGUCCACACGCUGGUGCUCGGCGUCACCAUCGCCCAGCAGCAGCAGGAGGACAUCCAGGGGGCGGCGCUGGGACGACAGCUGCUGGCCAACAUGGUGAUCUACGUGUGCUCCAUCACGGUGGGCGUCAUGUCGUACUACAUGGCCGACAGAAAACACCGCAAAGCUUUCCUGGAGGCCCGACAGUCUCUGGAGGUCAAACUGAACCUGGAGGAGCAAAGCCAGCAGCAGGAGCGCCUCCUGCUGUCCAUCCUGCCGAAGCACAUAGCAGACGAGAUGCUUCAGGACAUGAAGAAGGAGCCCAGUCAGAAGGAGAUGCAGCAGUUUAACACCAUGUACAUGUACCGCCACGAGAACGUCAGCAUCCUGUUUGCAGACAUCGUGGGUUUCACUCAGCUGUCGUCGUCCUGCAGCGCUCAGGAACUGGUCAAACUGCUGAACGAACUCUUCGCUCGCUUCGACAAACUGGCUGCUAAAUACCACCAGCUGAGGAUCAAGAUCCUGGGCGAUUGUUACUACUGUAUCUGUGGUCUGCCCGACUACAGGGAGGACCACGCCGCCUGCUCCAUCAUGAUGGGCCUCGCCAUGGUGGAGGCCAUCUCGUACGUCAGAGAGAAGACUCAGACUGACGUGGACAUGCGUGUGGGGGUCCACAGCGGGACGGUCCUGGGGGGAGUUCUGGGUCAGAAGCGGUGGCAGUACGACGUCUGGUCCACCGACGUCACCGUGGCCAACAAGAUGGAGGCCGGAGGGAUACCGGGGCGUGUCCACAUCUCUCAGAGCACCAUGGAGUGUCUGCACGGAGAGUUUGACAUCGAGCCGGGAGACGGAGGAGAGCGCUGCGACUACCUGAGGGAGCGCGGCAUCGAGACGUACCUGGUGGUGGUUCCUAAAGGACCCGUGGGCAAGAACGGCAUCAACGGAGUGAAGCUGUCUGUGACGUCAUCCAAUGGAAACUCUCCGCUGCUGAUCAACACCACAGAGUGUAACGGAAGCGUGAACACGGCCUGCACCACGCCCGAGGAGCCCGAGGAGCUCGACACCAAGGUGGUGAACCCAUCGUUCCCGAACCCUCGGCGGAGGCUGCGUCUGAGAGACCUGGCUGAGAGAGUGAUCGACGCCCAGGAGAACGAGCAGGAGCUGAACAAGCUGCUGAACGAGGCUCUGCUGGAGAGAGAGACGGUGCAGGCUCUGAAGGGGAAACACACCAACAGGCUCUCUCUGAGGUUUGUGGACCCGGACCUGGAGACCCGGUACUCUGUGGAGAAGGAGAAGCAGAGCGGAGCGGCUUUCUGCUGCUCCUGUGUGGUGCUGCUCUUCACUGCAGCCAUGGAGGCCCUCAUAGACCCCUGGCUGAUUGCAAACUACAUCACGUUUGCUGUGGGAGAAGUUCUGCUGCUCGUCCUGACGAUCUGUUCUCUGGCUGCCAUCUUCCCCAGAGUGUUUCCCAAGAAGCUGGUGUCCUUCUCCACCUGGAUCGACCACACCCGCUGGGCUCGGAACACCUGGGCCAUGGCGGCCAUCUUUAUCCUCACUAUGGCCGACAUCAUUGACAUGCUGAGCUGUCUGCCUAAAGUCUCAGCCUCAGGCAGCCCCACUGUGGGCCCCUCCUCCUCCUCCUCCUCCUCAUCCUCCUCCUUAUCCAGCCCUGACGGUUGCCAUGACAACCCUAAAUACUACAGCUACAUCGCUGUGCUGGCCCUGAUGGCCACGACCAUGCUGGUUCAGGUGAGUCACAUGGUGAAGCUCACGCUGAUGCUGCUCAUCACCGUGGCAACCGGCAUCGUCAACAUCUACAGCUGGAGGGAAAUCUUCGACCGCUACGACUCGGCCCGCUUCCAGGACUACAGGUCCUCCCUGGUUCCCUCCAAGUUCACCAUGUCAGUGAUGAUCUUCAUCAUGAUGGUCAGCUUCUACUAUUUCUCCAGACAUGUGGAGAAACUGGCCCGCACUCUGUUCCUGUGGAAGAUCGAGGUCCAUGAACAGAAGGAGAAAGUUUACGAGAUGAGACGCUGGAACGAAGCUCUGGUGACCAACAUGCUGCCCGAACACGUCGCUCGACACUUCCUGGGCUCCAAGAAGAGAGACGAGGAGCUGUACAGUCAGUCGUACGAUGAGAUCGGAGUCAUGUUUGCCUCCAUCCCAAACUUCUCCGACUUCUACACCGAGGAGAGCAUCAACAACGGCGGGAUCGAGUGUCUCCGCUUCCUCAACGAGAUCAUCUCGGACUUCGACAGUCUGCUGGAUGAGCCUCAGUUUCGCUGCAUCACCAAAAUAAAGACGAUCGGCAGCACGUACAUGGCCGCUUCAGGAGUCACUCCAGACGUCAGCAACGGAUACAGCUGCAUGAAGAAGGAGGAUCAGUCGGACAGAGAGCGAUGGCAGCACCUGGCUGACCUCGCAGACUUCGCUCUGGCCAUGAAGGUCACCCUGAUGAACAUUAACUACCAGUCCUUCAACAACUUCAUGCUGCGCAUCGGUCUGAAUAAAGGCGGAGUGUUAGCAGGUGUGAUCGGGGCGAGGAAACCCCACUACGACAUCUGGGGGAACACUGUGAACGUGGCGAGUCGUAUGGAGUCCACGGGGGUGAUGGGAAACAUCCAGGUGGUGGAGGACUGCUACAACAUCCUGAAGGAGUACGGUUUCCGCUUCGUGAGGAGGGGGCCGAUCUUUGUGAAGGGGAAAGGAGAACUGCUGACGUUCUUCUUAAAGGGACGAGACAAACAGGGUUCAUUCAUCAACGGCUCCUCCGUCACGCUGCCACACCAGGUGGUGGACAGCUAAGGAGCGCACACACACACACACACACACACACACACACACACACACACACACACUCACACACGAUCACUGUCUAUGGAGAGAGAUUCGGUCCAGCAGAGAUCGUUUAGAAAUCUAAAUAUCAUGUUGGAUGAGUCACACUGAAUGUAAUACAGCUUCAUGCUAACAUGCUAACCAUGCUAACUCAAGUGUCGGUGACGAUCUGCACUCACAGCUGCUCCUGCUGCUGUCAAUCAAAAACUAAUCAAUCGUGAUACAGCUACAAAGAAAAUCCAAAACUUUAACACUCGACCUCGUUCAGUUUUAUUUAAUGCAAAACUGAAGGAAAUGAAUUUAAUCAAACUGACGCGAGUUAAAUAAUGUGAUUGAUGCUAUCUCUUUAAAUAGACGUCGUACAGAUUCACACAUAUGGAAGCCCUGAGCGGACAAACAUCGUUACGCUCUAAUUUUGUCUAUUUUCCUGUGAUAACGAGUAAAUUCCUGGUUAUUUUAACUGAUUGAUCGUUACCUCGUUGGUUUUCUGAUAACAACUGAAUUUUGUGAGAUCUCCAAAAAUUGGCUGGAAUUAACUCUUUAUCACAGGAAAACAGAGAACAUAAAAUCAAUGGAUGUAUUUCCACUUAGGGCUUCCGUACACACACACACACACACACACACACACACACACACACACACACUCACUCAGUGCCAUCCCCUCCUCACACUAACACUACCUGACUUCUGGACACCUGGUCUCACUGCUGGGCCUCAGCCCUCAUCUCCAGAACUCUUCCAUGAACCUGAACCUGCUGACUCUGAUGAUGAGGAGGAGGAGGAUGAGGAGGAGGGAGGGGGAGGACAUGUAGGACGUGGACCAAUGAGAGUCCAGCAUGUGACACACACACCUGACCCCGUGUGGUCGGUGUGUAAAAGAGUGUGUGCGUCGCUCACAGUGUAUUUUUUUUCCCCGCGGGUAAAGUAUUGUUUCUAAAAACUGAUCCAGGAUGAGGUCUCUGGAUUCUGGAAGUUUCUGCUCUGAACCAUGAAGGACGACACACUGUGUGUGUGUUAUGUGUGUGUAAUGUGUGUUUGAGGGGAGGGGAGGGGGGUAGAAAUAUUUAAAAAAAACAAAAAACGAUUGUGGAUCGAUGGAAGUGCCUCUCACAGCCGAUCACCAUGUUUUCAUUCAUCUGAAGGAUCCCACUGCUCCCCCUACAGGCAGGAGGACGUCACUGCACCGCUGUUAGAGGAGCGUUACAGUUUAUUACAACUUCUAAAUGUUAGUCAGAUGGUUUGGAUCGGAGGUUUUUUACAAAAGUGUGUGAAAGGGAGAAUCCCUCGCUGAUAUUUAAGAGAGAUGAAGUUUAUAUUUUUCACAUUUUUAUCUGCAGACGUUUAAAUAAAGUAUCCAGUUAAUUAGUCGUCCUAGUUUGGGGUUAAUAUGUGCAAAUCUUAUUUUGACGACUUCACAGCAGACAGAGCCUCGCACCCCCCCUGAAAUCUUUGCCCCCCCCAAGGGAAGCCCAGACCCAAGUUUGGGAUGAUCUUAAAAAUGUUGUAAUAAACUGUAAUGUUCCUUUUACUUCAUGUUUGUUUUAAGUGAAAAGAAGAGUGAAACGAAGGAAUGUGAAUUAAACAGAAAUGAUGGAUGUAAACCUGAACAUGUUUGCAGCCUGUGUUUCCUCCUGGUGUUAACAUGAUGCGACGUCCCAUUCUGAGGUCAUUAAACAUCACAGGCUUCUUCACUGAGGUCACAUCUCAGCAUGAGGAGAGUCAGACCACCUCAACAUUUAGUUUUUUGUUGAUUCUGUUUGUUCUUCUUGGACCUGUGUAAUCACUUCUUGUGGGGAAAGAUUCACCUGAUUCACCUGAUCGUCUGACGUGCAGCUUCACAGAGCAGGAAGCAGGACACGUCCUUAAUCUGUUCAGACUUUAGAGAUAUAUUUCACACCUGCAGCAGAAUAUCCAGACACAGACGUCAUGUUAACCCCAGCUGGAAACCGGCUUAACUUUCUGUCUUUUUUUUUUUCUUUUUUUUUUGAUACGUUAAUGUGUUUAAGUUCAGGAGUUUGGGGAUAUGAUGAAGUGCAGUAUGAAGUAUGCAGGUGGAAAAAUGGACAUCUGUCAAUACCUUUUAAAGGGUAGUUCCAAUAUUUUAAAACCGGGCUUUUUCAUUCAUUUCGGGGUCUGAAGGUCUUAAAGGCACGCAAAGAGUUUGAUUGGUUCCAGUAGAUGUCGUCAUCAGCCUGCAGCAGUGAAACAGUCUGUGAUGCUGCAGCGUGAUCUUUGUGGGCGAAUGUGUCGAAGUGAAGGCUGCAGGAUGAAGCGAUCUUCACCCCUCCUUAAAGCGAGCUCUGAAGCUGCUGUUUGGACCGGGUUACAGGUUGACUGCGCGGCCCGUGAUUGUGACAUCACACCAAAUAUGAAGGCAUGAGGGAAACCUCCUGACGGUGUGAAUUUAUUAACGAUAUUUGAUUGGACAGCAGCAGUGCCAUACAGGAGAAUGAACAGACCCCUCAUCGGUUCAUGUUAUAUAUAAGGGGUGUGGGGGGGGUUUGAGGGGGGUGUCUUUAGUUCUGUCUUCUGCUGAUUGUGAAGGUCAUUAGUGUCUCUUGUAGGACGGAAUCAAAGUGCAAUAGUUUCUUCUUCUACAAACCCGAGUCCCUCCUCUCUGAAGCAGACGUUCAGCCCCUCCCCCGACUCAUAUUUUUAUACAGUAGUUUAGUUCUAUUAUAAAGAAGGAGAGGAGGCUGUACAUAGAUUUUACACAGUUCAGAUGUCUGCAGACACCGCUGAUGUUUUCUUACAUGUGAAAGUGCCAACGACAGAGAGCAGGAUGGUUCAGAUGUUAAAGCCACACAACAUGGACCGCUCCUGGUUUAUAUUUAAAGAAUCUCAGGCUGAGCGGGGCGGGGCGGGGGGGAGCACUUUGAAUAAUGUGUCCUAGUUCUGUUUUUUUCUGGUCCUGGUUUUUCGGUCUGUGCAGACUUUUUUUUUUUUUAGAGCUAAGAACCAACACGCGUCGACUUAAAAGUGCCAUGUGUAGGGUGAGCGGGGCGGCGGUGGUUCAAACAUGAGUCAGUGUGUGUUUCUGGAUGUCGUCAGAUUUGAUUCCUCGUCUCGGUUUUUAGUGGACUGGAUUAGACCUCCCUGUAGGUUCGGGUCUGCUGUAGUCCUGUUUUUUUCAAGAACGUCUCAGUCGAUGUGCCCUCUUUUCAUUUCAGUCGUUUGUCAUCAUAAUGUAAGUUGAUAAAUAAAGUUGGAUAAAGACGA